AGCCACCAAAAGUCGGAUUUUUUCUGAGAAUUUUUGGUAAUUUUUUAGAAAUUUCUCGUAUCUUUUGUUGAUUUGAUGUGAUCGGAGUGCCGUUUUGGUAUUAAAUAAUGAGAAUUAACGGGACAUGUUUGAUUUAUCUAAGAUCUGUUAGGUUGGUCGGUUUAAGAUUGCUACAUUUCCCAUUUAAUUGGUGGAUUAGGGCUAAAUUAGUCUUCUUUUUGGUUCCUGGGAAGAAGAACCCAGAUCGAGAAUGGUGUGUUCACUAUCACGCGACAAAUGGAUCAAUCCUCGGGUCGGCAUUUGGUGAGAUUGCCGGAUCCAAUGGCCUAUGUUUGGCAAUGGCUGCUGAUCCGGCGAGGUGGAAGAAACCGAGUGCGAAGAUGGAGGGGACAGUGUUCACUCCCUCAUUGGAGGGAAUGAAGCAUGUCAAGUCCGAAAAUGGAGUAAUGCUUACAAAGCCUUUUCUUGAAGUGUGCCAGCUUAUCCUGCCCGUACUAGAUAAGUUUGGAAGUGCCAUGACCCUUGUUAAGAACGAUAUUGGAGGCAAUAUUACGAGGCUGGAAACAAAGUACUCUUCCGAUCCUACAAAAUUUGAGCACUUGUACACCUUGGUGCAAGUGGAAGUUGAAUCUAAAACAGCAAAAAGCUCGUCCAGCUGUACUAAUGGGCUUCUGUGGUUAACAAGAGCCAUGGACUUCUUGGUUGAGCUCUUCCGCAACUUGCUUGAGCAUCCGGAUUGGACCACAGCAGAAGCUUGCACUGAUUCGUACAGCAAAACCCUAAAGAAAUGGCAUGGUUGGCUUGCCAGUUCCAGCUUCAAGGUCGCCAUGAAACUCGCACCCGACCGAAAGAAGUUCCUGGAGAUCAUCACUGGCUCAGGUGACAUCAAUGCAGACAUACAGCAGUUUUGCACAGUAUUCCCACCUCUACUUGCAGAGAAUCACAAGUUUCUGGCUAGUGUGGGCCUUGAUGAUCUGAAGGCUUCUUGAUGCUAGAUUCUUCUGCAGUGUAUCUCCCUGUGAUCUCAUUCAUCGGCGCCAUUUAUGUUCUAUUUUUAUUCUUUUUUUAAAAUUUUUUUUAAUUUUUAUCGAGUGAACAUAGAGACAGUGAAUAAGCUAUAUAUGCAGAUGUUGAGACUUUCUCUCUUUCAUACGCAGUUUCCUGAUUAAGAUGGUCAUUUGUUAUCUUCUUUUCUAUUGGUUAAUGAAUGAGUUUUAUUUUAUCACA